CUCUUCAUAGUUGUCCUGCGUGCACAUCAAUGGUAAUUAAUACCUUGCUGGUGAUGCCUCAACUUUCCUUGUCUCCCAUGAAAAGAAUCAGAAUAUGGAAAGAAGCAGCAAAAGAAAGAAUAAAGAGAAAUGUCGAGACAAAGGAAACUUUUUCACUCAUAACUCACAGCUAAUCCUUCUCAUAUGUAUUGCUAAUCUCAACUUUAUCCUUAUUAUGCCUUUCAUGAAGCUUGCUUGUAAAGAAAGACAAAUUCCUUAUAAAGAUUUCCCCUGCCUAUCUUCUUCUUGUUCACAAGCUUCUUUAAAACUGUCACCUCUUGUCAAUCUUGAAAAGAAAAAUGGCCAAAAACUUUGGUUUUCUGGUUUGUCUCUUAAUCAUGGCAUUGGAUGUUGUUGCUGGCAUACUUGGGAUUGAAGCUGAGAUGGCUCAAAACAAGGUGAAGCAUUUAAAGAUGUGGAUUUUUGAGUGUAGAGACCCAAGUCAUCAAGCUUUCAAGCUAGGCUUGGCUGCGGUGAUUCUUCUUGCCCUUGCUCAUACCGUUGCUACCUUGCUUGGUGGCUGCACCUGCAUGUGCUCCAAGGAAGAAUUCAACAAGGCAUCUGCUAACAAGCAACUAGCUGUCGCUUCCCUUUUCUUCUCAUGGAUUAUACUGGCAAUUGGGUUCUCAUUGCUGAUCAUAGGGACACUGGCGAACUCAAAAUCAAGAAAAUUAUGUGGAAUAUCCCAUAAUCGUGUUCUGUCAAUUGGAGGCAUUCUGUGUUUUGUUCAUGGACUCUUCACAGUUUCCUAUUAUGUAUCCGCCACUGCUACAGCCAGAGACAAUUCUCGGCAUCAUGACCGUCAUGCAACUCAAGCUUAGCCUAUUUCCAGUUUUCUUUAAUUUGAUCAGAUCCCUCUUCUAAUCCUCCCCGAUUGGCUUGCAUUCUUCAUUCAACUUAUAAUCAUGCAGUAAGAUUUCAAGCUUUUUCUUAAUGAGUUACCAUUGAUUAACUUCUUGGACGCUAGAGUGUGUUUAUAUUGCUGUUACUGGUUAGACUCAGAAUCAGAAGCGAGUCAAAAGAUCAAUGCAAACCUCUAUUA